CACGAGCAGGUCUCAGAUCAGUGGGCUUUGGCACUUUUUAGAAAACGAGUUGGUGACUACGCUUGACUUUUGUUUGUACUUGCAUUUCAUAGAUUUUGAACUUUUACUUGCGAUUCUCCUGAGGCUGUUUUUCUGCAGAGGUUCCUCUACUGCGUCUCUCGGACCCAGUCGAUUGUUUAUUUUCAGUUGAACCCAUGUGUCACUGACGUACUGUGGAGGUUCAGCAAAGAUAAAGAAAAGAAAAACACUUUAAAUCCUCUACACUCCAUCUGCGCUAGAAAAAAUCGGUGGAACGCUUACAACCUGACGAACCUUUUUAGGUAUGAUUAAAUGCAUAUAUUCACGGCCUGUGCUCCCUCGCUACCUGCUGCUGAGGAUGAUGGGGACUUCGGCCUCCAGAGCGGUGGUUGGAGGUCAGGCAAACCUGCCGCCAGCAUCUCUGGACUUUACGGAUCCCGGUGCCUUCAAAGUGAAGAGCUGGACAGAGCUGCUACGUGCUCUGGGAGUCUUUUGCUUUUGCUCCUUCCCUACUCUGGUCAACAACAGCAUGAAGCUGAUGACAGUGACGCGCACCGUCCUGGGGAGAAGGGCUUUUUCCUUCAUCGUUCGGCCCACCAUCUAUUCUCAGUUUGUAGCUGGAGAAAACGAGACGCAGAUCUCGGAGUCCAUGGACAAGAUGAAGCGCCUUGGACUGAGGCCCAUGCUAGCAGUUCCGAUUGAAGAGGAUCUCGGCGAGAGCAUUGGGGAAAAAAGAUACGACGACAACAUGGACGCCAUGUUAGAAUGCGUAAAAAUGUCCCACAGCAACUCGUGGAGCGCAGAGCCGAUGAUGCAGCUGAAGAUCACCGCCCUGAUCAGUGCUGACUUGUGUGUGAAAAUUACAAAGAUAAUCGCACAACAACCAUUUGACCUGAAUCAGGUAGUAAGGGCUAUGGAUGGAGAGAAAAUCACCUUCCCUGGUUUAGAUGAUGCUGAACUCGCUCAUUUCUCCUUCGGUUUGCAAAGACUCAACAAAAUAGCAGAGGCCAGUGUAAACAAGGUCCGAGUGCUGGUUGAUGCGGAGUACACCUACAUGAACCCCGCCUUGUCUGUUGUCACCAUGGCCAUGAUGAAAAAGUUCAACAGAGACAGUGCGUGGAUCUGGAACACCUACCAGUGUUACCUUAAGGAGUCCAGGUCCCUUCUGUUAGAAGCUCUGAAUCUCUCCCAGAAGGAGGGCUUUUGUCUGGGAGUGAAGUUGGUGCGAGGAGCCUACAUGGACAAAGAGAGGAAGCUGGCAGAGAAAGAAGGUCGUCCGGACCCCAUCCACAAGUGUUGGGAGGACACCAAUGACAGCUACAACUCGUCUCUGGACAUGAUGCUGAAGGCCAUAUCCCAGCAGCCACAGCGCUACAAGAUCAUAGUGGCCUCUCAUAACGAGGAGUCGGUGAAACUCGCCGUUACAUGGAUGGACGAGCUGGGCAUAGACAGAGGUGGAGAAUCUGUGUGUUUUGGCCAGCUGCUGGGGAUGUGUGACCAUGUCUCCCUGACUCUUGCUAAGGAAGGUUACGCCAUAUACAAGUCAGUGCCUUACGGUUCAAUCGAUGACACACUGCCCUACCUGGUGCGCCGCGCUCAAGAGAACCGCACCAUCCUGCGGGGAAUACGCAAGGAACGAGACCUGAUGAAACAAGAGCUGAAGAGAAGGCUGGGCCUCAGACGAAGCAGCUCCUAAUCUGUUUAAUGAGAAAAUGUUAAACUGUAGAAAUCACUGAUUUUGGUUAUUGCUGCAACAACAACGAUGUCCAUUUUCCAACAUCAACCUGAACUGUUUUUUUCUGAAAACCUCCCGCUACGAGUUAAUUAUUAAAUGAACUAAAUGUGUGCCAAUCUUGUCCAUGAGAACCUUUCACAACAUGUUUGCUUGCUAAGUAAAUAAGUAAACACAGAGUUUAUAAUUUGCUUAUAGAAUGACAGGCGAGGAAAUGUAAAGAAAACCCAGCUAACGCAGUAUUGCCACACGGUUAAUUCUUUAUUGUUUAUAUUUUUUUUUGUUCUACCCAAGUUUUAACAUGAAUCCAAAAACGCUUAUCUGCUGUGAAGAUUUGUAGAGGUGGACAUCUGGUGCAGCUUGUUAUGGAAUGAAACUAUCUCAGACGGUGCGUUUAAAACCCCACACUGCCGGCUCAGUAGUUGCUUUGGUUCUGGUUCCUGUAGCCGCCUCUCUGAUAGCCUGACUGUUUCUGCUGGUAGCCACCUUUCUGAUCUGGGAACAAAGAUUUAGGGGAAAAAAAAAAGUUUUAAUAGAUUUAACAAACAGUAAAGCAUUUGAACAUCA